AGGGUGUACUUUCUGUUCCCCGUGACUGUAUAUUUUGUAUAUAUGCUUGUGUGACCUAUUUCUCAAUUUAUCAUCUUUAAUGGAAAUGUUGUUUUCCUGCACUGAAUAUUUCUGAUGUUGCUGGGCGCCUCUGUGACAUCACAGCAGGAGCUGGUUCUAAAUUCUAAUUCUAGACACUUAAACACAGCCGCUGCUGAACUACUUACAUUAUUGUACAUUGUUUAUAAGAAGAAAAUGGAUCAGUCUGGAACACGUGAAUCUUCCUUUCCAGCCUUCCAGAGCCGUCAGGCCCUGAUGGUCUUUAGGGACAUUUUGGACACCGUUCUUCAUCUGAGUGAUGAGGAAUGGAAGACUUUGACUGAGGACAUGACGCAUCAGUACACGAAACAGAAGUUUGCAUCUCUCUGCACCGAAAUCGUGACGUCCAUGUCGGAGUCCGUGAUUGGGAAGAUGAUGCCGGAUCUCAUCGAACGUUUCGGGAUUGAAUCGGUUCUCCGUGCAAAAGCUAAGCUGAAGGAAAAGGAUGAAUGUGAAUCAAGGAGCCGUUCUGCAACACCGAGCCGCUCAGGUCAAAGUCUACCAGAAGACUCCUCUGAUUUGGUACAGAACUCCAUUCAAACAGCCAUCACUAAAAUCAAAGCUGCAAUGCAGGAGGCAAUCCGGAGGGUCGCAUCACGGAAAAAGUUAAAGACCGUGGCUAAUAAGAUAAUCAAGUCACUCAAAAAGAUCUCUCGUAAGUCUCAUGUUAAGCUUGAAUCUGGCGAUUCAGUGCAGCUCAAAAACAGGGCUAUGUGGGAUGUGAGUGAUCUGCUGGUGAAACAUUUUUCACGCGUUUUAACAAGUUUGGACCCCAACGUAGUGACGACUUCUGAUGCCAAGGAAAUGAUUGAAAUAGUGGUCAGUGGUUUAGUCAGUGCUGCUGAGGAAAAAGAUGAUGAUCGUGUCAUUCCAAUUUAUAUCGCGAAAAAUGGCCGUGUUCAUGAAGCACGUAAAAACGCAUGUGCUUUAGCAAAUCUAAUGGCGGAACCUUUCUUCAAAUCAAACAGAGGAGGAAGUUUUGUCAGGACCUGUUCCUCAGAUUCUCUUUUUGAGACUGCAGGGACUGAGGUCAACACCAUAAAUUCCAUCCCCUGCCAUUCCGAGCCAAUUUACACUUUCGCAGAGGAGUCCACCAAGUGCUUGCCUUUGUUUAUAGGAAGUCCUGUGAAACCAGAUUUCUCAGCAGAGUCAAUGAAAGGUGAUGAUGCCGCUGUCAUUCCGAUUUCUGUUAUGGAUGAUGGCCAUGUUCACCAAAUAACAGAUGAAAAAAAGCCUUUGUUCAAAAAAGGAAAGGACACAGUACUUGAGUCCAACAUGUGCUUGUCAAAAUGUGUGCUGAAACAAGGCUCUAAACGUCCACCCCUGCCAUGGUCUAAUGAAAGUGCUUCAUGCAGUACUCCUGAAGUCAUUUCAGGCUCAGAUGCAGAACAUGAACCAGAAAAAACAUCUUGGACAGACCAGCUGAAAAGGACACUGUACGUGUGCAAGCAGAUUCCCUUCGUAAGAUAGCAGGGACUAUAAGUCAUGGCGGCUCUGCAGAUCCAGCACUUGUAUCCAUCGAAGAGAUGGAGAGACGUUGGUUUGACAUUAUUCCGGAGAAAAACCCACCUAU